AUGGAUGAAAGGUUCAACAAGUGGCUGCUGACGCCCGUGCUCACUCUCCUCUUCGUGGUCAUCAUGUACCAGUACGUGUCCCCCUCCUGCACCAGCUCCUGCGCCAACUUCGGGGAGCAGCCCCGCGCGGGGGAGGCCGGCCAGCCCUCCGCCCCGGGUCCCGCCCGCCGGACGCAGGUGCCACUCGAAGAUGCGGAGCGGCGUCCUCAGCUGCCCCCGCCACCUCGGGGGCCGCCCGAGGGGCUCCGGGGGGCCGUGGCGCCCGAGGACGACGACGAGGAGCCGGGGGACCCGGAGGAAGAGGAGGGAGAGGAGGAGGAGGAGGGAGAGGAGGAAGAGGAGCCGGACCCUGAGGCCCCCGACAAUGGCUCGCUGCCUCGGUUCGUGCCGCGCUUCAACUUCACCCUGAAGGACCUGACCCGCUUCGUGGACUUCAACAUCAAAGGGCGCGACGUGAUCGUGUUCCUGCACAUCCAGAAGACCGGGGGCACCACGUUCGGCCGGCACCUGGUGAAGAACAUCCGGCUGGAGCAGCCGUGCAGCUGUAAAGCGGGCCAGAAGAAGUGCACCUGCCACCGGCCCGGCAAGAAGGAGACCUGGCUCUUUUCCCGCUUCUCCACGGGCUGGAGCUGCGGGCUGCACGCCGACUGGACGGAGCUCACCAACUGUGUGCCGGCCAUCAUGGAGAAAAAAGACUUUCCCCGCAACCACAGCCACACCAGGAAUUUCUAUUACAUCACAAUGUUGCGUGAUCCAGUGUCCCGUUACCUGAGCGAGUGGAAACAUGUCCAGAGAGGGGCCACGUGGAAAACCUCUCUCCACAUGUGUGAUGGGAGAAGCCCCACCCCCGAUGAGCUACCUACCUGCUACCCUGGGGAUGACUGGUCUGGGGUUAGCUUGCGAGAGUUCAUGGACUGCACCUACAACCUGGCUAACAACCGCCAGGUGCGCAUGCUGGCGGACCUCAGCCUGGUGGGCUGCUACAACUUGACUUUCAUGAACGAGAGCGAAAGAAAUACCAUCCUGCUGCAGAGCGCGAAAAACAACCUGAAGAACAUGGCCUUCUUUGGGCUCACAGAAUUCCAGAGGAAGACACAGUUUCUCUUUGAGAGGACAUUCAACCUCAAGUUCAUCUCUCCCUUCACACAGUUCAACAUCACGCGGGCUUCCAAUGUGGAGAUCAAUGACGGUGCUCGCCAACGCAUCGAGGAGCUCAACUUCCUGGACAUGCAGCUUUAUGAGUACGCAAAAGAUCUCUUCCAGCAGCGCUACCACCACACCAAGCAGCUGGAGCACCAGAGGGACCGGCAAAAGAGGAGGGAGGAGCGGAGGCUGCAGCGGGAGUCUAGGAGCCACCGGUGGCCCAAGGAGGAGGGGAACACAGAGGGGGCCGUCACUGAGGACUACAACAGUCAGGUGGUGAGAUGGUGA